GUGAGGAGCAGAGUGUGUGUUCUCACGCUGAUACACAGUGUGUGUGUGUUUGUGUGUGUGUGUGUGUGUUAGAUAAAGAGAAGUUUCAGGGACGUGAAUGAAGCUGAAGCCCGCUGUGACCUCCAGACGCCCCUGAGCUUCUCUCCACGUGAUGGAUGCAGAGGUGGUUCUGCAGGAGGAGGACGGCUCAUGGACGCUCUUGUCCUGGCUGGCGUCCUGCGUCAUGGUGUUCGGAGGGGCCCUGCCCUAUGUACCGCAGUACCAGGAGAUCCAGAGGAGCAGCAACACUGAGGGCUUCUCCACCAGAGUGUGCUUGGUGCUGCUCAUCGCCAACAUCCUGCGCAUAUUCUUCUGGAUAGGAAAGCAGUUUGAGCUGACCCUGCUGCUCCAGAGUGUGGUGAUGAUCCUCGCCAUGUUCGCCAUGCUUCACCUCUGCUGCACGGUCCACAACACCAACCGAGUGAGCACCAAGCAGCACAGACUCACAGAUUUGGACUUUCGCUACUUCUGGAAGUGGAGUGCGUUCGAGGACUACCUGCUUUUCUGUUUUGGCUUCACUGUGCUGUGUGCGGUGGUGACCCUGCUGCUGCUCGAUUCUCCCGUGUUUGUGGAGGCGCUGGGCUCCCUGGCUGUGAUGUUUGAGGCCAUGCUAGGCCUCCCGCAGCUCCUGCAAAACUUCCAUAACCGCUCCACCAAAGGCAUGAGUGUGAAGAUGGUGCUGCUGUGGACGGCCGGUGACAUCUUCAAGACCACCUACUUUGUGAUGAACGAAAGCCCUGCUCAGUUCUGGGUGUGCGGUUCAGUCCAGAUCCUGAUCGAUGUGGCCAUCCUCCUGCAGGUGCUCUCCUACAACCAGGACGCACGGGUCAAGCUCGGCUGAACCCAGAUGUUUCUCUGGGCUUUUUAAAGAAAUCGGGACUGACAGAUGAGAAGCUAAGUGUGUCAGAACAUAGAGAAAACCAAAGUCGGUGUAGAUUUGUUUUGGUGGUCAGCCUUUUAGUAAAACAUUCUCUGUUGUAACAUGCAGAUCCAACCUGAGAGCCAUUACAUAAAUUGGAGACUUUUUUAGUCAGUUUUCAAACAGCAGGUCUGUAACGGCAGCUGCAACAAACUCUCCUGCACCUGUAGGCCUGCACUGGAAUCUACCGCCUGAAUGAUGACUCACACCCCACACCUCUGAUGGUCCUCAUGAUAGAUCAAGUGUGUGCUUGUGUGUGUCAGUGUGUGUCGUCUUGCUUAUUUGUUCGUCUGCACCCGCAAUUGAUUUUUGCUGUUGGCAUCCAGCACCAAGCCAAGGCCACAGAACGAACAGCAGGCAACAGUGAGUUCUGUAGGUCGUCAAUUUGUGUUGUGACUCCGCUCUGUGGUUUGACUGACAAAGCACCGCAGGUCUGUUUCCAAAGAACAUGUGAGGACACCACCAUGUUUUCACUUUACCUCAAUGACAAAAUUAUUUGCAGACGCCAAAGAACAUGUCAGACGUGUUUCUUCUUUGUAAAUAUGACAAUAUUACUGAAAGUUUUUUAUAAUUUGACUCCAGUGAAUGAAAUUCAAUGAAUCAAAACUAAAUGAGAAUGAACUUUGAACUAUAUUUCAUUGAUAUCAUCUGGCCAUUAUCAUUUACAUAACCUUAAUAUCUUUUUGGAACAGCCACCAAGGCACACAUUCCAAGUGAAACCGAAGAUUGGCAAAUGAAUGGUAAAAAAGUGAAUAUUUUAAAGAGUUGGUAAUUCCUGACCUUACAUUACUGACAAAGGAGGAAGCUCCGAGGGUCCUGAUUGAUUUAUUUUCAUUAUUCUACACCAGUUGUACAAGAUCAGUCGUAUGACUGAGUUGCAACAUAUUUAAUCAUUUCAUUACCUUUUUUCAAUGGAAGGUUUAAUCAAGUAUAAUUACCCUUUUCUGACCGCUCAAAUCUUUGCACACACUCCCUCAGUUAAGACCUUUUACUUUCCCUAAACACAGUGGGCAGUUUGUGUGACGCAUGGUCACCGUGCUAAUGCUUGAUGUUCAGUCCCUUCACGCUGCUGCAUGUAGAAGCUCCUGAGAGUCAGUCAGCUGAGUUGUGGAGAUAAAAAGGUUGUAAACUGUAAUGAUGACUCAAGUAAGGUCAGAUCAUCUUAUUAGUCUGCUUCCUGCCUCGUUUUGUUAUCAGCCGUGUGGUCCGCUCAUUUCACUUUUACUCACCCUGACUGCAGAUGACCACUUUUUCUGUCUAAUUAGUUCGGGAGACACAUAACAGCCAAUAGCACUGAAACCUCAUUCACCCAUUCUAAAUUUCCUGAAAGUAAAAAACAUAACUAUCACAAAUACUUUAUUCAGAAGAUGUGUUCAAAACAAUAGUUUAAUAAUGUAGCCUGGAGGAGUGUUGAGUCUCUUUCACCUGUUUCUCAGCAGCUUCUUAAAAUACACCAGCAGCUGAUCAGCAGUCAGUGCUGGUUUCUUUCCCUUCGGCAUGAUUUAAUUAAGUAAUAAUGCUGCCUGCUUAUUAAGUCUUUCUGUCACCUGUUCAACUCACCAAUUCAUGUCCACCAGUCAAUCUAUACCUGUCUGUGUCGUUCCACUACACAUCAUAUUUACAGAGCCCAUGUUUUGCCUUCCAGGGUUUUUUUAAGUGCAAAGGGAGUUCUUUUCACAGAAAACACUGCUCUUGAAGUGCCUGUAACUCCUUGUGUGAAGCUGAGACAGCUUUUGAAAAUGCACUGGAGGAGACAUGUGCACUUUGAACAUAUGAACCUAUAAUAGUUGACCCCAAAAUGAUCAUUUUGAAAUUGAAUGGCCAAAUUAUGGGGAAAUUAAGCCUUCAGAUACCAGUGUGCCACAGCCAAAGGGCUGUAUGUAGAUGUCAUUUAUCCUCAAUCUGAUCUGACUUUUAAAAUCUGAAAAAACAUUGGGUUAUUUAAAGAGUGUCAAUACACAGAUCUUUUUUAAGUUUUCAAUUAUCACUCAAUGUAUUAAAGCGAUAGUUUGACAUGUUAGGAAACACUCGCUCGAAGAAUGAUGCCACUCAUGUCUAUACAGUAAAUAUGAAGCUAUGGGCAGCAGUCCCUUGACCACAAACACAAGGGUUAGACAAUCACAAUGUUUUUUUAUUUUUACGCUUUGGAAUCAAGCAAAGAAGAUGUAUCAUGUUAAUUUCAAGUUUUGUUAUCAAUCACUUUAACAUCACAAACCAAAGAGAAGAAUCUAACUCAGAACAGAAGAAUAAGCACUCCCUCUCUUUUUGUCACAUGUAUUUGCACAAACCUUGAAAUAUCUUGGGAUUAUGCCUUUAUGGAAGCUUUUGGACCUCACGUCAUGUGCCACAUUAUGUAUGAGUCGUUACAAUCUUCUCUACAGGUGCUGUAAUGUCAAAUAUUUUAUGCAUCAGUCAAAAUGAUAUUCAUAAAACCAAUUCGUAUGUGUGUGUAUAUGUGCUAAAACUAAUGUAUUCUUCAGUUUCAAUUAUCUGUUAGCUGUAUUGUGAGCCGUGUGAAUCUCUGCCCUGCGUGCACUCCACAGCUGUACUGCAACUGUAUUAUUUCUGUAUUCUAUAUGCUCUUAUCACUACAUCCUGAUGUGUAUCUUUAUAUUGUUUUUCCCUGCAGCAGAGGCUCAGAAUAGAACCAGCAGUUCAAUAUCUAGGCUCCUGUUCCUCUCAUGGGCAGUAGGAGAACUUUUAACACACACACGCACAAAUGCAUUGUGAUAAUCCCUCCACCAAGUCCUCAUUAUGGUAAACAUGCCCUUUGCCUCAUUGCUACAUCAUGAUAGGAAGUGGAUGAUUUGUCUUCUCAGAGGAGCUAGAGGGAUUGAGACAUAUGUAAGAUAUAUUUGCAUAUUUCCUGACUAUCUUUUAAUAUUUGUUUCUUCAACAUCAACAAACAGAAUCCUUUUAUGAAUUGAUGUGAAUUUCAGUUACUGUAUCAAUGUUUGCUGAUGUCUCUUCAGGUGGUAUAUAUAUCUAUAUAUCUAUAUAUAUAUAGUUACAGGAUCUGUGAACUACAACCAAAAGUAGUAAAAAUAUCUAAACAUAAGACUGCUCAGUGUUAUGUUCUGUUACUCAACAGCAUCAUGGCUACAUUAAGAUGUAACAAAUAACGACAGUACACACGGGACUGAACAUGUAUAAAUGUGAAAUAUUUAUCAUGUUAUUUUCUCAAAUAUAAACUAUUUAU